AUGGCUAAAUGUUUUCUUUUAUUCAUCACUCUUCUUGUCAUUAUCUUGUUUCUUAUUGGUAUUAUCAAGCAUGAAGAAUUAGGUAAAGAUUUCUUAGCAAUAAUGAUAAUUAUAGUUUUACCAUUACUAGUCUUAGCUUGGUUUAUUAAUAGAGAUAUAAUCGAAGUUAUGGUUCAAAACGCCAGAAACAUGAGGCGUGGUAGGCGUGCUGGUAGAGGCACUAGUAAAGGUGUAGGUAGGAAUGUGACUGGUGAAGCUACUCCCGAAGGGCAACGACAAAGCGAAACUGUGCAUGAAGAUACGGGAUUGAACUCGUUUCUGAAAGGAGAAACCCCUAGUUUUGAAAAUCUUCUAGUGGUCUGUGAAUUCCCGGAAGUUUUUCCAGAAGAGGUUCCAGUUUUACCACCGGUUAGGGAAGUGGAGUUUUCUAUAUACUUGGUUCCAGGCACUGGACCAAUUUCUAUAUCUCCUUAUCAAAUGUCACCCUCAGAGAUGGCUGAGUUAAAGAAACAAUUAGACAAGAUGUUAGAGAAGGAAUUUAUUAGACCGAGUGUAUCGCCAUGGGGAGCUCCAGUCUUGUUUGUUAAGAAGAAUGAUGGUUCUUCUAGACUUUGUGUAGAUUACAGACAACUUAAUUAA